AUGAAGGUGUUCAAAAGAUACAUUUCAUCGUCAUUCGACAGCGUUGCUCUCUUGAGGACCAAUGCUUUGGUGAAUGGUGAAUGGUUAAGGGGAGGAAGUCGAUUUCCCGUCACAAAUCCCUCAACGACAGAGGUGUUUUCCAAAGUUACCGACUGUGGCGUCCCUGAGUACAGAAAGGCGAUAGAAGCUGCCCAUUUAGCUUUCAAGACAUUUAGACACACUUCCUCAACAGAAAGGUCACAAUUGCUUUAUAAUGUUCACGAAUUGAUCCAAGAAUACCGAGCAGAUUUGGCUCGGCUUAUAACUGUGGAAAGCGGAAAACCCAUCUGGAGCUCUUUGAGAGAAGUUGAAACUAUUGAGACUUGUUUCCGUGUUUUUGCUGAGGAAGCCUCAAGGCUAAACACACAUUCACCCAUCCCUAGCACUGCAAAUUUGUCUCAACGAUGGAUCAUAUAUGAGAAGCAGCCCUUGGGAGUUCUCGGGAUUGUUACUGACUGGGCUCUUUCUACAAGAGCUUUGCGAAACUUGGCGGCGGUGAUCGCUACAGGUAACACAUGCAUAUUUCAACCCCCAAAAGAGACGCCAAUGACUGCUCUUGCUCUAGGAUAUGUUUGCACCCAAGCUGGUGUUCAAGAGGGGGUUUUAAAUAUCUUGCCAACAUCCCAACCCGAAAAUGUGGCAAGAUAUCUGUGUGAAUCGCGUUUUGUGAAGAAAACGAUCCUUGAAACCCGCACAACACUUCGCCAUGCUGUUCUCCAACGAUGUUCCACUAAGAUUUGCUCCGAAAAAAUUGUUUCCAGACCCUAUGGAAAAGGGUCCUUCAUUGUUUGCAAAGAUGCUGAUAUCGAGAAAGCGCUGAGAGCUUUGGUCGCCUGCAGAUUUGGACAAUUUCUCGAGAAAGGAUCUUUUAUCGGAAGGGUUUUCGUGCACGAGUCUUUAUAUGACGAGUUUAACUCUAGAUUGAUCUCAAUGAUUGAUUCCGAGGUUUGCCUAGGCGAUGGAUUUGAUCCUAACGCAACGUAUGGUCCGUUGAUAAAUGGGGACGAGCUUAACAUGGUUGCUAACUUGAUACAAGAUGCAAGAAAAAAGGGCGCAAUCGUGUUGAGAGGUGGAGUUCGGGCAAGCAGCAUGGGGCCUAACUUCUAUCGGCCCACUGUUUUGAGUAACGUCGACGACACAAUGAACAUAGUUCACACCGAGAAUUGUGCCCCUAUUGUACCGGUGUCAAAAUUCCGAAGCCUUGACGAGACUCUUGAUUAUAUGGAGUCAGCUGGAUCUGACAGUGUAUGCUAUCUUUACGCUACCGAUAUAAGGUCAAUCUUAAGCAUGACCAGGAAACUGAAUGCCACAACACUUGGUAUCAACUCAACUGCAAUCGAGGAACAAGACUUAAGAUUUCCUGAAGCAUGUUAUCCUGACUUUGGCAAUUACACCGCGCUCAAAAAUAUAGUUUUGGAGCCUUAA